AUGACCAGGCUGUGGAAGGCAUUUGUGCUGGUGGUGGCCUUGGCUGCGGUAGCCUGUGAGGCCAUUCGCCGAUCAAGAUAUGAGGAUAUUGUUAACCAGGCCAUAGAGGGAUACAAUAAUGGGCGUCCAGGAAAGCCCCUCUUCCGCCUGGUAGAUUACACCGUGCUACCUCUUCUGACUUCCACCAGCAUCAUCUUAUUGGAGUUCAGGAUUAAAGAGACAGAGUGCCUCUCCUUCCUGGAUACUCAGCAUCAAAACUGCAGCUUCCUGGAGGAUGGGGAGGAGCGAAACUGCACAGGUCAAUUCCUCAGAAGGUGGUGGUCAACCUCCUUGACCUCGAUCUGCGACAGGGACUGCAGUAGAGAGGCUGCCCUAUUGUACAAUUAUCCCGAUUACCCUGUGGAAGAUCUUCCUUCUGAGAUCAGGAACAUUUACGAAAACGCCAAGUUUGACAUCAUCAACAACAUCCUUCGUAAUUUCUAG